AGACUUUCUGUCUUUAUAAGUGCGCGACCAGCGGCUCAAACAGCUCGUCUUGGUCCAUGAAGCAGAACUAUUUUAUAACCAACCUCCCUACAAAUAAACACUGGGUUUUAAACGGAAAUGUUUCGACUGCAGAUUGAUUUAGACAAAAGGUUGAUUUAGACAAACCGGAUUACGGAAAGGAGAUCCCUCUGAAGUGCAACCGGAUCCCAGGCUGGUCAUUUCAGCGCUGUUUUAAUUAUUCACACUGGGAUCUGUCCGUGUCUGAGUGUCCAGAUAGGACAUUUUGGUGUUUGGCUAUGGAGGAAGACAGCACUGUUCCGGAUUUCAGGGACAUCGAGGUGAAAAUGGGCCGAAAAGUACCGGAGAGCUUGGCCCGGUCCAUUACGCACAGAGGAAAACCAUUGGAGUCCAGCAGAUCUCAGAGUCACUGCACCAACUCCGAGCUGAAACAACUGGAGAGCAAGAUGCUGUUCCUUAAACAGGAAAUGGCUAAUCUCCGCGCCAUCGACAUCAAACUGAUGCAGCAACUCCUUUCCAUCAAUGAAGGAAUCGAGUCUAUCCGCUGGGUGAUGGAGGAGCGAGGAGCCAUGGCCAGCCGGGAGAGCAGUUUGAACGGCAGUCUGUACAGCCUCUCCGACAGCCAGGAGGCAUCCCAUCACGGGAGCUUCAGCAGCCUCCAAGACCGGACAGACGAACUGGACGGAAUUUCAAUCGGCAGUUACUUGGACACACUAGGGGAGGACUUGGAACAUUCUUCCCCCAUUGACCAAUCAGAUAGCUUCAAUGACCAAUCCAUCAUCGCGGAAGAGUCAUUCAGUAAAUCUCCGCUUCGACCCAGAGUGGACUCCGAUGAGUAUUACUGUUUCGGAUAACACUAAAGUGCGCUGCAAAGGAUUAUGGGGCUUCUAAAGCUGCUGAUCCUGAAUCAGUUGGUUAUUUUAUGAAUAAUAAAUGACAGAAAAUAUUCAGUCAGCUGGGAGGAGAAGCAGCUGUGGGGAGAAGGUGUAGGUAGUCCUAGCUAAAUGUUAGCUAUUAGCCGUUAGCGUGUGCUGCUACUGCUGAUACAGAAAUGUCACUGUGAUUCUGUUCACACGUCACCAGAAUUUAUUCAGCUGAACUAAAAUUUCUAAGUGAAUUCAUCUGGAGAAAAAUCCAGAUAUAGCAGCAGUUGCUACAUGACUCUUUUCUUUGUUUGUUUGUUUCAGAAGCACAGCAUUUCCAGGGAAUAACAUUUUAUGUUGUGCACCAAGUUCUUCAUUAUUCGAAAACUGUUCAUGUCUUAUAUUAUUUCUCCGCAACUAGUCCAAACGUGCGCCAGGGUUAUGCUUUAGGUCCAAGGAUUAACGCUUCUAGCUUACUUAUAGGUUACUUAAAAUGGGACCCGAGUGGACAUUUCCUACACUGAAGCCACUGACCAUAAAGUAAAACUAGCACAUAUUAGCAGAACACCUCCAGUAGAAUCGUGAAGCUUUGAAGUCAAACAGAUGAAAAAAAGGUGAAUAAAAUCUUCAGAAAUGCCUUUGGGAUUAGUAUGUAGCAUGAACGUGCAGCUAACGUCCUGCGUUAUACGGCGUACGUCAUAAUCGCUGCACUUUCUGGUCAGUGAGGCUUUUGAAGAAAGUGCAAUUUUUUGCUAAUCUGCCAAAACCUUCCAACAAAGACGUUAGUUUCCUCUUAGUUUUAAAGUUAAAAGACUGAAUUCUUGUCCCUGCCGGUGUCUAACCUCGUCUUUAUUUGAAUUACUUAUUGAACUGUUAACACUGUUUUUGGACCUUUGAGACUUCCUUGUCCACUUUUUAACUUUUUUUUGUACUGUGUACUCUAUGAGCAGCCCACUAAAGACGUAACUGAGUCAUGUGGUUCAUUUUGAACCUGGAUUCACGUCAUGUCUCAGUGCGAGUGUGAGCGUGUGAGAUUUUAUACAUUUCUGUUGUACUGUACAGUUGUUCCUAAUUUAUUACUGUACCGAUUUUAAAUUGUAUUUUGUGGUGAAAAUGUUAUAAUAUAUUGUUUUCAUGAGC